CGUGGAAUGGAAAAAUAGUUCUAACUACUAUUGUGGCUAUCGAAGACUCAUUUUUGCCAGCUCCUGUGGUGUUUUACUUCUGAGCAAUUUCUGACCACAGUGAAAGGAUUACAUCGUGUAACACACUGAAUUGAAGGAUAAAGGAAUAGGAACUGGCAGCAUAAUGGAUGCAUAUGAGGACAUCGACUUCAGCAACACUAACAGCCCUGAUAUCCAGAAAAGAAUUUUGAAAAUAAAAGCGGACCAAUGUCAUAGAGGGAAUAUUUCAUCAGUCGGCUGGUGCCCAGAAGUUUGGGAUGAGAUACUAUGCUGGCCAUCAACAGCACCUGGGGAGUUGGCCAUCUUGCCUUGUCCAUCUUACAUCGCUGGUUUCGACAUCCAGGCAAAUGCAUCGAGACAAUGUAUGCGAGAUGGUCAGUGGUUCUGGAAUAAUAGCACGAACAGCACCUGGAGCAACUACAGUCAAUGUUUCAGAAACCAACUAGUAACUCUCUUCAUGGAACAACCUGCUGGGCAGAGGAACAACGAUACCCUCAUUAAGAAAUUUGUUCCUAUAGUAAAAGCCAUCUUAAAAGUCGGAUAUACUGUUUCCUUCUUCACUCUGGUGAUAGCUUUCAUUAUUUUAGCUGUAAUUAAGAAAUUGAGGUGUCCCCGGAAUAUGCUGCACAUGCACCUGUUCGCAUCGUUUAUGCUUCGUGCGUUCAUGGCUCUGAUGAAGGACUUCUUGUUCGUCUCUGGUAUUGCCCUAGCCUCAGACGUGAUGAUAAAAGACGGGAAUACAUACUGGCUGAAAGAGAGCAGUUGGCUUUGCAAGGUGUUCACUAGCUUCUGGCAGUACUUCAUCCUCGCCAACUACUUUUGGAUACUAAUGGAGGGUCUCUACUUGCACAACCUAGUCUUUCUAGCACUCUUCACUGAUGUAAACUCGAGCAUUACUGGUUACGUCUGUCUUGGAUGGGGUUUGCCAGCUAUAUUCGUGUCUUGCUGGAUUGUGGCGAGAGUGACGCUUGAAAAUAAGUACUGCUGGACCACUCACGAGAAUCCCUAUCUUUUCCUUCUUAUUCGAGUUCCGACCAUGUUGUCUAUUUUGAUUAACUUCGUGUUGUUCGUCAAUAUCGUUAGGGUACUCUUCCUAAAGCUAAAGUCAACGGUAUCGGAGGAGACACAAAGAUACAAGAGAUGGGCAAAAAGUACUUUAGUCUUAAUGCCGCUUUUCGGAGUUCAAUAUACUGUUUUCUUGGGCAUGUCUUAUUGGGUUGAUAAAAAUAAGACAGUAGAAGUUGUAUGGCUCUUAUGUGAUCAACUGUUCGCUUCAUUUCAGGGUUUUUUUGUAGCUGUUUUAUAUUGUUUUCUUAACGGUGAGGUACGAACUGAGGUAACCAGAGCAAUCAGGAGCCAGAGAUUGCCCCAUUUUCGCACUAGGUGGAUUUCUAGACCCUCUACUCACUCCGGCAGCACUUGUAGCUGCAACGCAUCGAAACUUAGCAGACGCUCCAAGCGGUCAUAUUGGUGGAAAGACCCUUGCUUCUGUUUUCUUCACGAUAGAACGACUCGACGCUCCACUCACUCGAUGGCGAGUACACAAGAUAUUGGUACGCGAGGAGGUAGUUUAGCAAGCAGCAGAGGUUACCUGGAAAUUGCAGGAAACGGACAGAGUGCACAUCCGGGAAAUCAGAAUCAACAGACGAAUCAUACUUCACCCCUUUAUAGCAAAUAUACGGAUCAAUCGUUACUCUCCUUCUGCUCGAACGUUUCGGAAGUGACACCAUACACAGGGUCCAAUACCGAUAGAAUUCGGGAACAACAUCGUUGGAGUGAUUCAGAAUGCUGUCAUCUUGCUUAUGAAUUACAGAGUUUACAUCAUGAGCCCUCAUGA